UCUCCGGUCUCCUCUCCACUUCACCUCCCCACUUCCCUCGGUUUCUUCUUCUCUUUAAUUUCUUUCUCUCUGCAAUAUAAUUCUCUCUGUUUCUUCUUUCUGCAGAAACUAAUAUCAAUGGAGAAUUCAAGCUAUGUAUGCACAGUUAGAAGGCCUGCCGCUUGUUUUGUUGAACAAGAUAAUGGUUUAGCAUCAAUAGCAGAUUCGUCAGCAGAAGUUGGAUUUUCUGGAAAUCCUAUUUCACCGCCAAAAACUAAUUCAUUUUUGAGAAAAAGAGCAAGUUUCAGAUCUCUUUCUUCUUUUAAUAGUACUAGUGUUAGAUUAUAUGAAGCUACAUCACCUAGAUUUGAAGAACCUCAUUUUCUUGAAUCUUGUUUUUUUUGUAAGAAACAUAUCGGUAACAACAGAGAUAUCUUCAUGUACAGAGGUGACACACCAUUUUGUAGUGAAGAGUGCAGACAAGAACAGAUAGAAAUAGACGAAGCAAAAGAGAAGAAUUGGAAUCUUUCUUCGAUGAAUGCUAUUAGGAAAGAUCAGCAAAAAUCCACCCCUAACAAAUCAAGAAAUUACGAAGUUAGGACUAGUACUGUUGCUGCUGCUUAAAUAAAAAUCAAAUAAAUAUAUUCAUGGAAUAAUAACUUAAUUACUUAUUAAAUUAAUUACCACAAAAAAAAAAAAAAAAAAAAAAGAG